CCACCCCGCAGCUCGAGCUGAGGCCCUGGUCCCCUCCUCAGUGGUCUCAUGUAUUCGCUCUUCACACUAUGCACGUCGUGACCCUCUUGCUGUCUCUCACACUGUGCCAUGUCCGCGUGCUAGCUUCGUCUCCAGCCGCUGAGCCGACAACGAUCUCCUUCACUCCGCAGGAGGAGUACACCCUCGCCCGGGACUUCGAUCUCGAUACUCCGCAGACGCUAUUCGACGUCUCCUCUUUGCGAGACGGGCAUGGCGGGGAACCGAGCUUCUCGCUGAAGAGCCAGCCGACGACGGUGUACCGGCCGCGCUCGCCGGAGGCCCUGCAGCGCGCGAGGGUGCAUGCGUUGCGUGGGGAACCGAGUGAGGGAGAGGUGGAAUGGGAGGAGGUGCAGGUGAUGGGGCCGUACGUCGAGGACAAGCACACGCUCGCGCAGCUGGCGCGGAUAACGGGGAACGCAUACGCGUUGCCGGGCCAGAAGAACUGGUACGAUAUCGACGUUACUUGGAAUACCAGCUUCCCGUUCGGCUGGGAAGACGCCGCGGACGGGUUCCGCGGGCACGUCUUCCUCUCUCCGGGCAACGCGACCGUCGUGCUCUCGAUCAAGGGCACGACGCUCCCAUUCCAGGGCCCGACGUCGAAGAAGGACAAGUUCAACGACAACCUCUUGUUCUCGUGCUGCUGUGCGCGGGUGGACUUCUCGUGGACGUUCAGCCAGGUGUGCGGAUGCUAUGCGAAGAACUGGCGCUGCGAUGAGGGGUGCCUGAGCAAGGCGCUGGUGGAGGAUAGCUUGUUCUACAAUGUUGGCGUGAACCUCAUCAACAACCUCACCGCGCUCUACCCUACCUCCACCAUCUGGCUCGUCGGGCACUCGCUCGGCGGGUCCCUUGCCUCCCUCCUCGGCGCCACCUUCGGGCUCCCCGCCGUCACCUUCGAGGCCCCGGGCGAGCGGCUCGCCGCGCACCGACUCGCCCUCCCGCUCCCGCCGUCGGUCCCCGUCACGCACGUCUACCACAACGCUGACCCGAUCCCGCAAGGCACGUGCACGGGCCCGCUGUCGCUCUGCGCGCAGGGCGGGUACGCGCUCGAGACGGGGUGCCAUCUGGGGAAGACCAUCGUGUUUGACACGGUGGGCAAGCUGGGCUGGCGCGUGGACGUGCUGACGCAUACGAUCAAGACGGUGAUCACGAAGGUGCUGGAGGUGGAUCUGGAGGGCGGGUGGGACUCCACGGAGGACGGUAUCAAGCUGGACGUGCCGAUGGCGAGGGAGGAGGAUGAUUGCGUCGUGAGUGGCCUCUGCUCAGGCAAAUAUCGUUCGAUCGUUGACGUCGUUCUCCUGGUAGGACUGUUACAAGUGGGAGUUUGGUAACUACAAGGACCUUGGAUGUGCAGCAUCGACACUGUGAUGUCACUAAUGUGCUCUCAAUCGCAAAGCAUGUAAUGUAUGUACGGAUGUAUUCUUGUCGUUGUACAAAUACUGUGUUCUGUCCUGUACUGGUUCAUUCCCUAUACGCAUCUCAAAUAU